CCCGGUGGCCCCGGCGCGCGUCCUGGGAGCCCGUUUGGUGGCGCCUGGACGGCCCGCACCUCCCAGGGAACAGCCUUCUGUCCGCGUCAGCCGGGCGCCCACGUCCCUUCUCCCUCCGUCAUCCUCCCUCCCCGUCUUUGUGCUGCAGUGUGUGCGCCUCCUGCAGAGACCGCGCCUCCGGGUGCAGGAGCCUGACCCGGAGCUGCCGCGCCCGCCAUGGAGCUGUACGGGAAGAUGGCCACCGCCCAGGACGCCCGGUCUGGCCAGAAGGACUCCUCGGACCAAAACUUUGAUUACAUGUUCAAGCUGCUCAUCAUCGGCAACAGCAGCGUGGGCAAGACCUCCUUCCUGUUCCGCUAUGCCGACGACUCCUUCACGUCUGCCUUCGUCAGCACCGUGGGCAUCGACUUCAAAGUGAAGACCGUGUUCAAGAACGAGAAGAGAAUCAAGCUUCAGAUCUGGGACACGGCUGGCCAGGAGCGGUACCGGACCAUCACCACAGCCUACUACCGCGGGGCCAUGGGCUUCAUCCUGAUGUAUGACAUCACCAACGGGGAGUCCUUCAACGCCGUGCAGGACUGGUCAACUCAAAUUAAAACCUACUCUUGGGAUAAUGCGCAGGUGAUCCUGGUGGGGAACAAGUGUGACAUGGAGGACGAGCGUGUCAUCUCGGUGGAGAGGGGCCGGCGAUUGGGAGAACAGCUUGGGUUCGAGUUCUUUGAAACCAGCGCCAAGGACAACAUUAACGUGAAGCAGACAUUCGAGCGCCUGGUGGAUGUCAUCUGCGACAAGAUGUCUGAGAGUCUGGACACGGAUCAGGCCGCCACCGCCGCGAAGCAGAGCGCGAGGCUGCAGGAGACGCCUCCCCCGCCGCAGCCCGGCUGUGGCUGCUAAUCCCUCCGACCCAGCAGCAUCUGCGGAAUGCCGGCAGCCUGCACUCACCGCCUCAGAGACAGGGAGAGCUGUGUGUCAAAGACUGUUCCAUGCACUGAAUGCUUGGGCAGUUCCCUGAGUGCAAAUGGGCAAAUACGUGAUCGUAAAUCCACGAGACUCCACCCACACACCUGGUAUUUGCAUGUGAUCUGUUCUUUGUCUUCUAGGGUCUUUAUGUUUCAGAUUUCUUCUCGCUAGGCUACUGCUGGGACCUCAGGCUGUACAUUCACUUCUGCUGACUUUGGGUUCGAAUUCCCUGGUUCCUGGAGAGGAUGGUAACAAGGCGUUGCUGUGUUGGGAGGGGAGACGGGAGAUCUCAGGAUACCUUGUUUGCUUUACUCUUAAUUCAAAAUCAAGCAGGCAUCGGACUCAUGCUUUCUGAGUAAAUCGCCGUUUUCAGGACAGGUGACUGUGUAAGAAACGUGUCUAGUUAUGAAUAACUGGGAUACCACCAUCUAUAAAGAAAUUGAAAUAUCGUUUAAGGCCCUUGCAAGAUUCCUAAGAUACCUGCUAAAACUGAUCUAGACUGAUCGUGGCUUAGACGUUUAAAUGCAGGGCAGCCACCAGGACUGCUCUUUCCACUGAUGCUUCCCGACACACUGGGCAUUGGAGGGUGCUGGCUGACCGGAAGGAUUCCAUUGAAGGCUGUGCAACAGGAGUGCUGACAGCAAGGGUGUAAGUAGCUGUAGAAUGAGCUCCCUCAUCACUUAACUAGCUAGCCCCCCAUAACACACACUACCCCCAUAACACACACUAUCCCCAUAGCACACACUACCCCCAUAGCACACACUACCCCCAUAGCACAGUACCCCCAUAACACACACUACCCCCACAUCACAUACUACCCCCACAACACACACUACCCCCACAGCACAUACUACCCCCAUAGCACACACUACCCCCACAUCACAUACUACCCCCACAACACACACUACCCCCACAGCACAUACUACCCCCAUAACACACACUACCCCCAUAACAUACACUACUCCCAUAAUGCACACUACCCCCAUAACACACACUACCCCCAUAACGCACACUACCCCCACAACACACACUACCCCCACAACACACACUACCCCCAUAACAUACACUACUCCCAUAAUGCACACUACCCCCAUAACACACACUACCCCCAUAACACACACUACCCCCACAACACACACUACCCCCACAGCACAUACUACCCCCAUAACACACACUACCCCCACAACACACACUACCCCCACAGCACAUACUACCCCCAUAACGCACACUACCCCCAUAACACACACUACCCCCACAGCACAUACUACCCCCAUAACACACACUACCCCCACAACACACACUACCCCCACAGCACAUACUACCCCCAUAACACACACUACCCCCAUAACAUACACUACUCCCAUAAUGCACACUACCCCCAUAACACACACUACCCCCAUAGCACACACUACCCCCAUAGCACACACUACCCCCAUAACGCACACACUACCCCCAUAGCACACACUACCCCCAUAGCACACACUACCCCCAUAACGCACACACUACCCCCAUAGCACACACUACCCCCAUAACGCACCCUACCCCCAUUACUUGUGGAUACCAGACAUGCAUCGUGGUCCUUGAUGCUGUUCAAUUAGUGUUUCAACCGGAUUUUUCUUCCUCUGGACAUCUAUCCCCCCACCGCCCGCCAUUACUUUCAGAGACAAACCUUGAUUGAUCUGAGUAAGUACUGCCGAGCACUCUGGUUUGGGGAUGUUUCCUUGGCUCCUAAGGAGAUGGAAACAUGGGGCUGGGGUGGUUUCAUUAGAUAGGCAUCCAUGGAGUGGAUCCACAUUUCAGCCUCUGGGGGAAUGGGGGGGUGUGAGGUGCUGCAGUUUAAGUCCUAAAUGGGAAGUCCCCGGCGUCCCCCCAUGACCCCUGAGGUGACUGAGAAGGACCACUUGGGACAGGAGGAGCUCAUGCUGCUGCUCCGCCAGUAGCUCCUCUGCCUCACUGACCUCUCAGAGUCUCUAGGUUCCUCUUUAGGGUCCCCAUGCGUCCCUCUGCUGCCUGGUGCCAGCCUGCGGGCCCUGGAACUCCAUUAGAAAUGUGUCCAGCGCUGCCAGGCUGUCUCAGGGUGGAGGGAGCAGCUGCAUGUGGAAAAGAGAUAACUUUGAAGUCAUGAUUGAAAGCCCUUCCAGACAAAGUGUUUAUUUAGUUUUCAUCUUAUCGAGAGGCUCCACUGGGGGUUGGGGAGCGGCCUGUGUCUGGAGAAUCCUCCCACGUAAGUUUGCAUGUGUGGUUCCAGGACCUCCCUGUGCUCUGCCAGGGUGCUCGGGGCCUUUCCCGUGGCCCCGGAAGGCACAGCCCCACCAUGUGGCAGCCUCGCCUCCCCCCCCUCCCCCGCUGUGCACAGCGGCUGCACCCCACAGCUCACCGGACAGCGUGGAGUCUUGCUGCUGAGCUGACCAUUAGGGUCAGCUUGUUAGAGUUCUUUCUAUUUUAGGUGAAUUUUGACCAAAGCCAGUCAAAGACAUGCACCUGCUUUAUGUUUUGGAACGAAGUGAAACAAGUUGAGUAAAAGAUGAAGUUUAUGACCAGAGAAAACCAUCAGUAUCCCUGCAGACACCCAAGACUCCAGAGGCCACAAGAAUAGCCUCCCCCGAGGGCAGAGCUAGGUCUGAAGAGUGUAAUGAGGACAAAUUUACCCAUUCUUGAUGGUGUCUCAUCAAUGUCGUUUUCUCUCAAGUCUAUAGAAAUGCUUGACACUCCAGUCAAAUACUAUUUCCCUUUUUGGUAGGUGAAACUGUUUUCACUUGAGCCACAAACUCAGUGUUCCCAUGUGCACACACAUGGGUAUAUGCACACACACAGACACACAUGCAGAGACGCGUGCACACACACUUCACGAAGGGAGAUGCCUGUAUUCUGCGCUUGCUCAGUGCUAGAAAAAAGGGAGCUUUUGCUACACUCCAGCUGUCACUCACAACUGUUUAAAGGUCUCUAAAACAGAUUCUCACACUGAUUUGGGUGUCUGUGCACACAAUUGAUUCCCAAUAAAAAGAGGAUAUAGUGAAAACCCAUUUUGCAAACAUUCUAGACAAAAUGCAUUCUUUCUGAAACUAUGUUAGAGCUCAGGCAGUGAGACCAGACCAUCUGUCUGGUGGGUAAAUCAAGCUUUCUGUGUACAGCUCUCUCCUCUCCCGCUGGGUGUACGUUGCUGCAUGUGUUAACGCGCUGCCUCGCAGGACCGCAUGGCCAAGUUGGCGGGGAUGUCCGCAUUCUCCCCUCUCCUCUACACUGCCCUGCAGCGUCCCCGGGCGUCACUUGCUGAAGUGAGGUGGGGCUUUACCUUGUAUUUCAUUUGCCAGAGUUCAUACUUCCCUUCACUGUGGACAAUUGAGAGUUGGCUGUGACUUUAUUUCUUAAUGAACAUUUUCCACAUCCGUGUUUUUGGUGGCCAGGGGUCGCUGUGGCUCAUGGCUGCACUCCUCCUGGCACCCGGUGUGUGAGCUGCAAGCCCUGGCCUUCCAGGGAGGUGAGCGUGGCCUUUGUCCGUCCAGGGGUUCCCUGCGCCUCUUCACAGCGAAGGGGGUCUCUGCACCAUUGGGUGAUUUUCCGCGCGUCGUCCCAUCACCCCUAGGACAUGUGCUGAUGGAAGGUCUUUGUGUUCCUGUGAAUAUGUCCUUAAUGUCAGAUGUGAUGUGACACCGUUGAACUGUUCACAUGUACAACUAUUAAUGGUGUUUUUGGAACUGAAAUGUCUUAAAUGUUGCAUGAAAUAUGUUACAAAAAUAGAUUUUUUUUUCCUAUUUUCAACACCUCAGAAUUGAGGGUUCAUGGGCCAAUAAGUGCAAUAUUUAAUGACUUAUUCAGUGUAUAUAAAUGAGUGAAAGUGAACUAUAAUGAAUGUGCAAAGUGCUGUGGGUGGUGUGUGACCUACUCAAAUGCUCUCCAAUAGCUUGUCUAGCGUGUGCUUUUUACAGUCAGUACCUUAUCGUGUUGUGUGACUCUCCUCUGUGCUACCUCAAACUUCUUUAUUUCCUAUGAGACCAAACGUUUAGUACCUGCAAAAAUAUGUCCAUUUUGCCUUUUAGAAUUGUGGGUUUAGUUUUUAAGACAGAAUGGUUGUUAGUUUAUAUAGCAAUUUUCUUGUUAAUUCAGAAUUCCCCGUUAGCCUUAAGAGGCCAAUUUAGCUACCUAAGGAAAUACAUGCACAUAAGAAAAGUCAUUUUUAUUCUCAGAAAUGUUGAUCACAUGUUCUGUCUACUAAGAAUUUUCACUCUUGUAUUUGGAUGUACAGUUAUUGUAACUGAAUAUUGUAUUUUGUUUGCAAAUUUAACACUGUCAACCCUGGGAAUCCCAAAAUAGUCGUGUCUUUUUAGGUUGUAGCUAAUGAUACAUUACGUUCAGUUCUCAAUUGUCUGCACCAGGGAUAUGGAGAUAGAAAAGCCAGGUUCCCACAUCACUUUGGUGUCGCAAAGCCUCACAUGCACCCUGAGAUCUGUCAGCCCCGCAGCUGUGGCCUGGAGCUCCCUGCGAUGCAAAGUCCAGCGACAGGCCUAGUGGCUGGUUCUGAACACUCCGACUGUUUAUGUAUGUGAUGUUUAACGUGGGGCAACAACCUUGAACUCCUCUCUGCCAUCCCAGUUUUUAGGCACAGAUUCAUCUUAAGGUCUUGCUUUGCCUCCUCAGUUAGCAAAGGACAUCACAACACCUCCAACAGAGGACUCAUUCACUCAGAAGGACGAAAAGCGGUGUCUUGACGGUGUGGCCAUCGGCACCUCCUGCAUGGCCUCCGUUCCUUCCUCUGCUGGGCCAUCGCCCGUGAGGACCUGCCAGUCAUGUCCGAUGGCUCUGGGUGCCCACUGGAAUGUGAGCCUGGCUUACCUGGGGUAGCCAGAAACUCUUACUCAGCUCUCAAACCAACUGAGGAAGUUGGUGGUUAGUGAUGGCUCUGUACCAAAUUAAGGGAAGAAAAAUGCCAGCUGGCAGCCAUCAGAAUCAUCAUAAGAGUGUUUUAAUGUUCAUUCCGUCAUCGCACAGCUGCCGAGGCCCAUGUGCCCAGCACUCAGUGUGGUGACUGGAGGCGGCGGGUAGUGGACAGGAUGCUAUCUAAACGUGAAGUUAGGGCAGGAGUGAGGGCACAGGCAAUGGGGCCUGCCUGAUGGAGGGAAUGACUCCAUGAUGUCAGAGGUGGCCCCAGGAGAAUCUGACCCAAGUAGAUUGUGCCCAGCACGUAGCAGGACAGGGACGGCUGUUCUUCAUGAACAGAAAGAGGACAGCUGGCAGCUGUAAGUCAUUGUUCUCGCAGCCAAAUGUGCCCAUUAAUUCCUCACCCCCCCCCCUCCCCGUUUGCCUCUUUCUGUCCCACAAGGAAGACAGGCUGCAGCACCGUCGCGCUCUGUGCUGCGCAGCCCCAGACUUGGCCACAGAAUACGCAUCGUCCUGAAGCCAUGUUAGUAGCAUUGACAUUGUUCCCAGGCACCAAGGGUUCUUCCUUCCACCAUCACCUGCAGAGGGCGCCGUGGCCCCCAGAAUGUGCCUGUGCUCUCUGUGCCAGAGUCCUGGGGUGACAGACAAGCUCCCUCUGUGAUGGUGCCGGCUCCUUGGGGCACCGUGGAGGGUGUCCUGAGCAAGUAUUAGCAACAGCUCUGUGCUUCCCUCCAGUGGGUGUGGUGUUUGGUUCAAAACUGCAACUCAGAACACAGCCUCCCCCACCUGUCCACAGGGCUCCUGUCUGGUUCAAAGCUAUAAAGUGUAUCCACAUUGUAAAGUUUUAGUUCUCUUUACUGAAAUUGUGUCAGAAUGGUAUGUGCUCUAUUAGGUAUUAAAUUUGUAUGUGAAUUCUGUAUAGAAAGUGGUUUUGGUUCUUUGGAUUUAUCUUGUUUUAAUUUUUGGAGAUUACAAUAAAUAUCUUAAGAGAUUAUAUUCCUGAA